UACUUCUCAGUGGAAAGCACACUCGUGCCAUUUUCAAAAAGGGGGAAGAUGCGGAUGCUUCGAUCGGUGAAUAAGUUUCAUUGAAUGCUUCAAAUCUGUUGCAUAAUGCCGCAAUAGCCUCCGAGGAAUGCUGCUAAUAAAGACGACGAUAGACCAGGCCAGUCCUUGAAGGACAAAAUGUCUACUGUGCAAGAGGUAGAGGCUGUCGGGUCUCCGCUACAUCACAAUAUGAAUCCUGAAGUAAAAACGGAAGAACAAGACUCCAUUGACCCCAAGCCAGGAGAAGGAAGAACACAUUUUCUAAACUUUGGGAAAAGCAAGGAAGAACCAAGACAUAACGUGAAAGAAGAGCCAGAGGAAAAUCCGUCAAAGAACUGGGAUGCCCAGUUGCAAGAGUUUCUGAAGACACUGCAGGGUCCUCAGGGAAGAAGAGAAGUUCCACAGUUCCUGGAGCCAAAGCUCUGGGGUGGUCCUAAAUUGUCUCGGAUGUCCUCCCAAGGAGGGAUGGAUACCAGCAAAUGGUCGGAAGAAAUGUGGAUUUCCCAGAUCGAGACUCAUCUCGUUGGGACAACCCAAGACGAUUGGGACACCCUUCUGGAUGUUGCCCGUGGUGGGAAGGAGAAGAUGGGAGAUCUGGCUGAAGAAGCCAUCAGGGUGGAGACAAGAUGCCAUCCCUUCCGGACCCUGAGCUACGAAGAGGCCAAGGGACCUCGAGAUUUUUGCCAGCAGCUUCAAGAGCUUUGUCGUGAGUGGUUGAAACCAGAGAAACACACCAAGGAGCAGAUCCUGGACCUGGUGACCUUGGAGCAGUUUCUGUUUGCCUUGCCUCUGGAUAUGCAGAAUUGGCUCAGGAAAUAUGGCCCAGAGACUUGUGCCCAUGCAGUGUCCUUGUCAGAGGAGUUCCUCUUGAAGCGACAGGAGACCCAGACAUGGGAACGGCAGGUGAGGGUAUUUGCAGUUUGGAACAUUGCUAUUUUGGGGUUUAUAACCACACAAUAUAAAUUAGCUACUCCCCAAUCUUGAUUAAAAAA